CUACGGCCACCACCAGUUUGUGUUUAACAACUCUAUUUUAACCGAACACGGCAUCCGCAACAUGGUGGAAUCCUUCACCAAACAGAGGUCUGGAAGGGUUGCUGGUGGACGUAACCUGCCUGCUACAGUUCAAGGAGUGGCUGUUAGCGUUCUGGAGCAUUCCAGACAGAUGCGGUACCAGUCUUUCAAUGCCUACAGGAAACGCUUCAACAUGAAGCCCUACUCGUCUUUUGAGGAGAUGACAGGAGACAAGGAGCUGGCAGCCGAAAUGAAGCAGCUGUACGGUCACAUAGACGCGGUUGAGCUGUAUCCUGGCCUUCUUGUGGAGAAACCCAGACCCAACGCUGUGUUUGGGGAGACUAUGGUAGAGAUGGGAGCCCCCUACUCUCUCAAAGGCCUCAUGGGAAAUGCUAUUUGUUCUCCUGAAUACUGGAUGCCGAGCACAUUUGGUGGGAAAGUGGGAUUUGACAUUGUUAACUCAGCCUCACUGAAGAAGCUGGUGUGCUUGAAUAUCAACGGACCCUGUCCGAUGGUGUCGUUUCAGGUGCCUGAUGUGAAAUAUCAGAGUUCAGAAAACGUGAAUUCAAGCUCAGUGCACUCCACACAAAGUAAUAUUAAUCCGACGGUGGUCUUGAACGAGCGAAGUUCAGAACUCUAAAACAUUUUGAAAGCCUCGUUGCUUUCACUAUGAUACUUGAUGUCAGAUUAUUUAUUUGUUUAUUUAUUUAUUUAAAGAAUUUAUUUCAAUAUGUAUUUAUUGAUGGGUUUUUGUAUUGUUAUUGACUUGCAACAUGCAUUGGACAUCCACAUUUCAAGUGCAACUGUUGCUAAUAAUGCACAUUUCUUGAAUAAAAACAUUUUGAUCGUUUGUUAAUAUA